GCCCAGUCGGAAAUUAGUUAGUUCACGGCAGCUGCAGAGAUGCAUUCGACAACGCGACGUUUGGCCCUGGCCAGUCUCCUGGUGGCUCUGGGUGUCACCGCCUUUGCCAAGCCACAUGGCAGCUGGAGCAGCGGAGGCAGCAGCGGUGGAGGCGGCGGUGGCUGGUCCUCGGGAGGCAACAAGAUCAGCAUCAGCGCCUGGCCCUCCAGCGGUGGUUGGUCCUCUGGCGGAGGAGGAGGCAGCAGCGGCGGCGGCUGGAAAAGCAGUGGAGGAGGAGGAGGUAGCGGCUGGCAGAGUGGCGGAGGAAGCAGCGGCUGGCCCAGUGGAGGGGGAAGCAGUGGAUGGUCCUCGGGAGGAUCCUCGGGUGGAUCCUCGGGCUGCCCCAGCGGUGGAGGCGGCGGGAGCUCUGGAUGGAAAGUGAGCUCGGGCGGCGGAGGUGGAUCCGGCUGGUCGAGUGCCUUAUCCGGCCUAUCCGACUGGAAGUCCCAGGCCUUGACAAGCCUAAGCAGCGGCUGGAAGAGCGGUGGUGGCGGAGGUGGAGGCUGGUCAAGUGGUGGAGGCGGGGGCAGUGGUUGGAAGAGCGGCGGCGGCGGCGGCAGCGGAGGCAGCGGCUGGAAGAGCGGUGGAGGCGGGGGCGGAGGCGGAGGUUGGAAGAGCGGCGGUGGCAGCGGAGGCAGCGGAUGGUCCUUGGGCGGCAGCUCCUCGGCCUGGCCCAGCAAGAGCAGCAGUGGCUGGUCCUCCGGCGGCAGUGGAGGUGGCGGCGGCUGGAGCUGGUGAAGAGAUGCGCGAUCCAUACGACGACAGGCAACGAGGCGACACUAGAUACCACUGCUCUACUUGUACAUAACAUAUGUCUUCUUAAGAUUAACCACCAUUUUUUUGCAUUUCUUAAUAUGUCAAUAAAUUUUACAACAAUGUAAUUGUGA